UUUCAGUCGUUCGGACCCGCUCGCUCGGUGGAAGUGUCCAAGGCAUUUCUCGAUCACAUAUAUAUAUAUAUUUAUUUAUUUAUAUAUAUAUACAUAUAUAUUUAUAUAUAUAUAUAUAUAUAUAUAUAUACACAUAUAUUUAUAUAUAUAUAUUUUUCGAUCAUCGCGUUUGUUGUGUGAUUGAAGAGUUAAGCUCGAAAAAGAUAUUUUCUAGUUUCUUUUUAUAAUCAUUUACGUACUUGUGCACGAAGAAGAAAAAAAAGAAAGAGAGAGAGAGAGAGAUAGAGAGAGAGAGAGAGAGAGAGAGAGAGAGAGAAAAGGAUUUUAGAAAAACAAAAAAGAAAAAUAAUAAGAAACAAAAAAACCAGAAGAGAGAUCGAAGGAUCAAGGAAGAUGCUGCGUUUGGACCACCACUGAGCAGAUCGGUUCUUCGUCAAUACGGGUGUCAGAAAUGCGCUGGUUUCGUGGCCACGCCGAGGCACCGAGACUUUUGAGCUUGAGUCCUCUCCAAGCCGACGAAGACCUUGACGGAGCAUCCUACCACUUUCAUGUUACGUCUCAGUACAGAGACAUGUCACCUGUGAGAUGGACUCGUAGAAAAUCAUCAAGCUCGGAAUCGGAGAGGAAUUGUUAUAACGUUCAAACGUCUCGCGUUACGACCGAACGUACUCCAAAUAAAAAAGAAAAGAAGAAGAUACAAGAGGAAAGACGAAGGAUUUGCGAGAAGAGACAUCCUUUGUUGGAUCGAGUGAAAAAUACGAGGCUUACGUUUUUCAAGGAUCGAGAUUCCGACGAAGACGAGGAAAACGAGGAGAACGAGGAAAACGAGGACGAUGAGGUAUCCGAGAGAAUGCAAUUUCGAUCGAUGUACGAGCUCAGUCAACGUGGUUUAACGAGGAACGAGUUUCGAAGAUCCGUUUGCGAGAAUGAUUUGAAGGAUAUAACAGAAGAGGAAAGGAUUCGAGCUAAGAGGAAACGUAGAUCAAAGUCACAAAAUAGAUUGGUCUCCCAACGUAAAUCGGAACAUCAGGAGGAUCGUUAUUCUUUUUUGGGUAUAGAAACGUCUACUCCUGAAAAUGUAAAACAUUCGGUGUUACCUAGUGAAACUUAUAACGAUAAUCAUGGGGGAGGACCAAGAUUGUCUCGUUGGAGGAAGAGUAAAGAAAAAGAUCUGACCGAGGAGGAAGAGGAACAUAGAAAUCAAGAUGAUCAAAAUCAAAGAACGAAAGAGGAAGGUUUUGAUAGUAUCACGCCGUCGAGUUGUCUCGCAGCCAAGUUCCGUGCUAUGCAGGAUAGAUAUCUCAAGAGUUCAACGAGUAAACUCAUAGCUAAGAUUUAUAAGAAGGAUAGUAAAGAAUGUAAUAAGGAUGGUAAGGACAAGAGAAGAUUACGUAGCUUUUCUUACGGUACUUUGCCUGGUCUCGAAGAAUUAAGAACGAAUCCUCUUUACGAGGAUCAGGAUCAGGAUGACAAUGAUUCCGGUAUCUUAGAUAAUGACUCGGCUACCAGUUCUCUUCUUGAUGAUAGAUGUAGUAGUGGUGCAUCAGGCUUGAUGACGAGUCAAUCUAGUAGUACAAAUGAUUCACCACCAAGAUUACCACCUAGAAAACCUUCGACCUCGAUAAUGGACGCCGAUAGGACAGCACGAUUUUUUUCUGCAUUGGAUAUUCAUUGUGUUAGAACAGAUGGUAAAGCUUGUACAAAGGACAUUCUAACGUUUGAUCCAAACGAUGAUUCUUCCGAGCUUAUCGAAGAUUCUAAAUUGGAGAAUACUAAAGGUUCACAUUUACCAGUAAUCAGAAGUAAAGCUUAUAUCACCGAAACUAUGGUAGUGAAAUUGUUCAGAGAUACGCCCGAUCAAUGUUUAGGGAUUUUUAUAGCUAAAACUGCUGAAACUAGUCCAGGAUAUUUGGUAGCGCAUGUUGUACCCAAUGGAUUGGCCGAUAAAGAAGGAACUUUGAAGAUUGGCGAUGAGAUAUUGAUUGUCAAUGGAAGGAGACUCAGAGGAUUGAGCAUGGCCGAAGCUAGAAAAAUUCUAGGAAAUGGAAGUGGCCCAGGUGAAGUUGAUAUCGUUGUAUCCAGAUAUUCUUCUGUGGAUCAUGCUAAAAAACUUAAAGAAAGUAGUGUAGAUUAUGAAAACGUUAGCAUAGAAAAUGGUCAUGGUGUUAUAGUCGAGGAUUCACCAAGAUCUCGUUUUAAAAAACGUCAGGCCAAGCAUCACAGAGAUAAAAAAAAUGAAUCUGGCAGAUCUAUCAUCUCUGAUAAAACAAUUUUGUCAACGGAUAAUAACAAUGGAUCCACGAUACAAUUGCAAACGCAAAGUGUAUCGAAUUUUUGUACAUUACCUAGAAGACCAAGGAGCACAGUUUCAACGUUUUUGACAGUUCUAUUUGAAAAGGGUCCGGGAAAGAAAUCCUUGGGAUUUACCAUUGUCGGUGGAAAGGACAGUCCUAAAGGAAGCAUCGGCAUCUUCAUAAAAUCGGUUCUACCAAGUGGUCAGGCCGCCGAAGAUGGUCGUUUGCGUGCAGGAGACGAGAUUUUAGCUGUGAACGGUCAGGUUUGUCACGACUUGACACACAGAGAAGCUGUACAACUCUUUCGCCAUAUCAAAAGUGGCCCAGUUGCGUUACAUUUGUGCAGACGUAUUAAAAAUCGAGAACCACAAGCAACGAAGGCCAAGUCGUGUGCAGAUCUUCUUCUCGUCGAUACGUGAGGACGACUACGUGAGAAGCUUUCUUUAUCGAGAAAGAAGAAAAAAGAUAGAUAGAAAGAGAGAGAGAGAGAGAGAGAGAGAGAGAGAGAGAGAGAGAGAGAGAGAAAUAUAUAAUAAGAAACAA